GCCGCAGCGGAUUACAGUCUGAUAUGGUUUGGCAUGAAAUGUUUUUAAUUGUCAAUUGCUACAUAACUGGGCGGGCCCAUGAGCAAAAUGGGUGGGCCCAGGCCCCUCAGGCCCAAGCGUGGCACUGCCCCUGGUUGACCCGGGAGUGAUGGAAUCACUAAAGUGAACUCCCUUUGGGCGCUAUAAAAAGUGAAACAAGCAUGAACUCUCUCUCUCUGUUUUCUCUGCCUCCUCUCUUGGAUUCGAAAACAUCUUGACAUCAAGUGAUCACGGAGCCUUCGCUUGUAAUGGGGACCCAUUCAAGCAUCGUACAUAUCUGCGUCCUGAAGAAGAGUUCUCAUCCCUACAUCCUGCAACUCUACGUGUUUCCAAGAAGACCAACUGCAUUUCUACUAUCUCGCCAGCCGAUCUUGCGUUGUUCCACACUCUCCCAUCUCGUCCAUCCUCCCUGCUUGGGCUGGGAAACUGCCUUUACGCACAUCAUCCACUCCUACUGCUUUUGCACCUCGUUGACUACCAGCUUCCUCCAUUGAGCUGAGGCUGCUUUGUGCCAUGUAGAAGGAUCUGAGCUGAGACCAAGUGAUGCAGAAUAACCUGUCCUUUGCUUAUGAAGACGAGGGAGAGCUGUUUGAGUUUGAUGAAAUUCCUGAAGCUGACCGACAGCCUCCUGCACCACCUUUACCUGAUUAUGAAAUUGAAACAAAGGCCAAAGACAUUGACUCCACUGAUGAUAAACAUAAAGACACACAAGGGCAUCCUCUCAGUAAUACACAGAAAACAACGCUGACUAAUAAUGACAUCUUCAUAAAAACAGAGGACUCAAGUUUCACCACAGGGUCAGAAGUUUCAGAGCACGAUAGUCCAAGUGAUAACCUUGUAUCUCCAGCUGCAGAAGCUGCCAGGGGAUCUCCGCUUGGAAAAGUAAAUCCUUAUUCAGUUGUAGAUAUAGCUCCUUUGCAGGAGCAGAGUCCCAUACACAAAGAGGAUGAGGUCGGCCAGGAAGAUGCUGCUAGUGCCAGAGUUCCUAGUGGGUAUUCCGUUCCGGUGCCAUGUGGAUACGCUAUACCGUCCAACAUCCCGCUAAUCCUGCCUGCUUACUCCACUCCUGUCAUCAUACGACACCUCUCAGUAGAUGAAGAAGUGACUGUGCAUGAGCAUGGCAUCCAUCCAGCACAAAACAGUGAAGAUCGACCGGCAGUUAAAAUGGCUGAUGCUUUGGCAAGAUGGAUUGCGGAUCCUGCAAAUACAGCUUGGAUGGAAAAUCCUGAUGAAGUUAUUUAUGAUGAUGUGCCGAGAGAAAACUCUGAUUCUACAACAGAUCCAGAUGAAAUGAUCUACGAUGAUGUAGAACUUGGGGAAGAAGGUGGAAACAGUUCCCCGGAGAAUGGGUGGAGCGCCAGUGAAUUUGAAAGCUACGAUGAACAAAGUGAUACAGAGAGCAAAAGCGACAAUGGGAUUCCAAAUACUUUCCUCCGAGGCAAAUCUCAAAAACACAAAAUGCAUAUGCAAAAGUUAAUGAAAGCAGCAAAAGAUGGAACCAAAGAUGGGCUUGAAAAAACCAAAGCUGCUGUGAAGAGAGGACGUUCAUUUAUAAAAACAAAGUCUCUUAUUCAAGAUCGAAAGUCAGUCUGUCUUGAAGAGGAACCAGGUGUUUUUAUUGAAGUUGAUUGUCUCAAUACUGAACCAGUGAUGAUGCCUAUGCCAGAAGGAUUGACACAGCAGCAGGUUGUUCGAAGAUAUAUUCUUGGGUCAAUACUAGAGAGUGAAAAAAACUACUUGGAUGCAUUAAAACGCAUUUUAGAGCAAUAUGAAAAGCCACUGUCAGAAAUGGAUCCAAAGUUGAUAAGUGAUCGAAAAUUAAAAAUGAUGUUUUACCGAAUCAAGGAGCUCCUUCAGUGCCAUUCUCUGUUCCAGAUUGCAAUAGCUAGUCGUGUUGCUGAGUGGGACAGCUCGGAAAUGAUAGGAGAUGUGUUUGUUGCUUCAUUUUCCAAAUCCAUGGUGCUGGAUGCAUAUAGUGAGUAUGUGAAUAAUUUCAGCACAGCCAUGGGGCUUGUCAAGAAAGCAUGUGCAAUAAAGCCUGCUUUUCUUGAAUUUUUGAAGCACUGCCAAGAUUCCAGCUGCGAUCGCAGUACGCUGUACGGGUUAAUGAUGAAACCUAUCCAGCGGUUCCCACAGUUUAUCCUGCUUCUUCAGGACAUGUUGAAAAACACUCCUAAAGGACACCCUGACAGACUUCCUCUGCAGAUGGCUCUGACGGAACUUGAAACAUUAGCAGAGAAACUAAACGAGAGGAAGAGGGAGGCAGACCAGCGCUGUGAAAUUAAACAAAUCGCGAAAGCCAUGAAUGAGCGCUAUCUUAACAAGCUCCUAAGUAGUGGGAGUAGAUACCUGAUAUGUUCUGACGACAUGGUGGAAACUGUUUACAAUGAGAAGGGAGAAUUUAUUAAAACCAAAGAACGCCGGCUGUUCUUGCUAAAUGAUGUGUUGAUGUGUGCCACCGUUAACCUCAGAUCUACCUGUGAAGGCAGUGGUAUUGUCCUAUCUGGUCAGAAGUACUUGCUGAAGUGGAGUGUACCACUGAGCCACGUGGAUGUGGUGGAGUUUGGAGGCAAUGAAGAGCUGGGAGAAAACUCCAGAUACCCUGCUCGGCAUUCUGGAGAAAAAGUGGUGCUUCAUGCAAAACCAUGCAAAUUGUAUAUGGGUCCAGGGCAGCUGUACCAGGAUUUGCAGAAUUUAAUCCAUGAUCUGAAUCUUGUUAAUCAGAUAACACAAAUGAUUGGAAAUUUGAAAGGCAACUACCAGAACCUUAAUCAGACAGUGGCCCAGGACUGGAUUUCUGGACUACAAAGGCUGAUAUUUAAAAAGGAGGAAGAAAUAAGAGCAGCGGAUCAAUGUAGAAUUCAACUCCAACUCCCUGGAAAGCAUGAUAAGUCAGGAAACACUACAUUUUUUACAGCAGUGUUUAAUACGUUUACUCCCUCCAUCAAACAAUCCUGGAUAAGCAGUUUGCAGAUGGCAAAACUGGCUCUCGAGGAGGAAAACCAGCAGGGAUGGUUUUUUACAGAGGACGACGGGAAUCGGAUAAAAAAACAGAAACAUCCACUUCUUGUUGGGCAGAUUCCAGUUGUUAUAUCCAAGUUACAGGAGUUUAAGGUGGCAUGUGCUGUUCAUAACCCUGAGCCUUACUGUGGCUAUGAUAAUGUACCAGACUCUCUCUCCAUGGGACAUGGAUGUCUAUGGGUUGCUAGUUGCACCAAUCAGAUGGGACAGAUAUCCAUUGUGACGCUCCAUAAUUCAAACCCCAAAGUUACUGAAUGUUUUAAUGUGGAGUCUCGGAUUGUGUCCAUGGUGCACAUCAUAAAUGAAGACAAGCAGGAGGUGCCAGAAACAUGUCCCGACCCUGAACCUGCAGCAGGAAAAGCAACAGAUUCCCCCACCAUAUGCCUGGGCAUGGAGGAAGGGAGCAUAUCAGUUUAUAAAAGUAGUCAACGUUCCAAGAAAGUGCGUCUUCAACAUUUCUUCACACCAGACAAAUCAACGGUUAUGAAUCUCACGUAUAAGUCUGAGUGCCUGUAUGCUGGCCUAGUGAGUGGAGCCAUUGCAAUCUACACCAAAAGAGAAGAUGGGUCCUGGAACUCAGAUUCCCCUAAGAUUCUGCAGCUGGGGGUUCUCCCUGUAAAAAGUGUUCUGGCAAUGGAAGACACAAUCUGGGCAUCUUCAGGUGGACAGCUCUCUAUUAUCGGCACCAAGACGCAUAUUGUGGAGCGUCAGCUCGAAGCCCAUCAGGAGGAAGGGGUGGCUGUAUCCCACAUGGCUGUUGCUGGUGUUGGAGUCUGGAUUGCCUUCAGCUCCAGUUCUACACUACGACUGUUCCACACAGAAACUCUGGAACACCUCCAAGACAUCAACAUUGCAACUCCCAUCCACAACAUGCUGCCGGGUCAGCUGAGGGUUUCAGUGACCAGUCUCCUGGUGUGUCAUGGCUUGCUGAUGGCUGGCACUAACUUGGGAAUUAUUGUUGCUUUGCCUGUCCCUCGGUUACAAGGCAUACCCAAAGUAACAGGGAGGGGAAUGGUCUCGUACCAUGCUCAUACCGGUCCUGUGAAAUUCCUUACAAUGGCUGCAGCCGUGAGCAGCAAGAAACAGAGAUGCACAUCGGUAAGCAGUGCUCCAUCCCAGCCGGAAGGUAAAGAUGGAGAACAGAGAAACUGUUCCCCCGAGGGAUUGUCCUCUUUGUUGAACACUAAAGACAAAGGGGUUUGGCUGGGAGACUCGACCAAGUCCAUUGCUCAACAAAGCACCCUGUCGGCUUCUUCAGGGUCUCUGGCACUGUCUCACGUGUCACUCGAACACGGGCCAGAGGACGGUACCAUUUAUGAGCUCCUGAAUGACCCAAGCUUUUCACUUAGUGACAAAAGAUCAAAAAAGAUGACUGUUAGUUCUGUGCUUGUGGUUUCUGGGGGCUUAGGCCACAGAAGAGUGAAUAAGAAAUCAAAGCAACAGCGGCAGGAUGAGACUGUGUCAACAAUCAUGGUUUGGCAAAUUCCAUUGCUUAAUAUAUAAAAUGUAUCAUGUUUUCACAAAAGAAACGGAAGAGCUUGCUUACGUUGAAAUAUCACUGUGACCUAGUCCUACAGUCAAGAUCUUUAUGUGUAAUACCUUCAUGUUAGCCCAUUACAUCUCAUCAGCUUUUUAAUAGGAUCUAUCUUUAGCCAGCAACUCUUGUUGGUAUGUGGGGGGCGUACUAAUAUUCAUACUUUAAACCUGUUUGGUUUAUGACUCAUGUAGAAAGGCAUUAUGCACAGAAGGCUCACGAAUCCCAGUUUAAAAAUUACGCACCUCUGAUUUUCAAUAUAAUGAACAUUUUUAAAAAAAUCACACUGAACAAUGUGUAACAGGGCUUGAAUAAUGUUAUGAGCAUACGACAACAUUACCAGCUCGAAUACUAGUGCCUAUUUAGAAUUCUCUAAUAAUAUUACUGUGUAUCUUUAAAAUGGUACUUCAUUUUCUUAAAUGAGAAGGUGAGGGAAAGUAAUCCAUGCAUUUUCAUUUGCAACGAUAACUUCCUGCUUGGGUAUGAUAUUGCAUUUCUCAGCUGGAAGCUAAGGGCCCAUUUCACUAACCAAUAGUUUUACAGUAUGGGUUUUGGGAGGAAUUAUAAUUCAGAUCUGUAAUACUAAGAUUCUUAGUACAAAAAUGGGAUUUGAUUUUAUAUUGCAUAUUUGGUCACUAUAAGGAAUUAACUAAAGAAUACUGUGCUUUGUGGUAUUUCAGAUAAUGUUUUCUACAAAGAUAGAUUAACUUUUGAUAUACUUUUAUAUUAUUAUUAUUAUUAUUAUUAUUAUUAAUUAUUAAUAAUCGAAAACUCACUUUAGGAAUGAAACCAAUGAUGACUGUGCUACUGUUGGCUUCAAGACUUUCUUUUAGUACCAUAUACUGUAAGGGCACAGUGAACUAAACAAGAUAAAGGAAUAUAGUUUACCACCUUAUAGUGUUUAAGAAACUUCAGAUAUCUUGUGAUUAUCUAUCUAUCUAUCUAUCUAUCUAUAUCUAUCUAUCUAUCUAUCUAUCUCUCUCUCUCUCUCUCUCUAGCUAAUAUAUACACAUACACACACAUUUAUUUGGUAUGGAGUAUUGUGGGGAACUAUAUUCCUGCAUCUUGGCCUUUUAUACUACAUAUUCUGGUUAUUUCAGUGUAUAUGUAAUAUUACUUUGCAUGUAAAUCUGUUGAUAAAGAGUAAUGGCAAAACAAACAAUAAAGGACAAUUAAUCUUAGCAUUUGCAUUGCUUAAUUGAUUUAUUUAAUACCAUAAUCAAGGUGUAAUUUAGCUAAUAGUAAUCAGUAUGAUUCCAUUAUAAUGCAGGCAGAAUUAUUAUUUAACCCUGGUAUCAGAUUUGUGGAAGUUAUUUUUUAUAAGUUUGGUUGAUUUUGAAAGCACAGAGGACUGUGUUUCAUUCUCUAAUGACAAUAUUUUCAGAGCAUGAGUUUUCACUGUCUGCUUUUGAGAAAAAUAAAUAAAAUAACUAGAAAACAAACGUGA